GUUCUGGUUAAAGUUACUAGAUGCGUUUGGUUAAAAAAUUUCUAGUUAUUUUAACAAGAAAAUAUAGUUAAAAAGACUAAACAGUUCUAGUUAAAUAAGUAUGGUUAAAUUAUUCUGGUUAAAAUAAUUCUGGUUAAAAACGCGCGUUCGCGGACACUGCAUAGCGUCUGUUGUUCUUUUUCGAAUAGUUUAUCGUGCGGAUCACAAGAAUGGAUGAAAAAGUUAACCAAGCUCUGGAAAAUUGGGGUUUGGGAGAAUUAAAAGAUCUGUUUAAAGGAUACUAUUGGAAACGAAAAGAGCUGUUCCUUUCCUGCAAUCAAGGAUUUUGACCUAUUUUCAUCAUGGCUGUAGAGACAAGAUGGAUGCCUUGUCAAUUGAAAAUUGAAACAAAUAUUGUGAGCAAUGAUUACGAUGGUAUUAUUUUGGUGUCGGGAAGAGCUGCAGGAACCGAUGAACCGGAACCUUUCAAAACUGUCCUUUUUGCUGCGGCUCAAAUCGAUGCUGGCCUUGUUAGUAGCAGUGCAGUGUUACCUAUUAAUUUACCGGCAAAACGGCUGAUAUACAGUCCAACAGGUCCUUUAAAUUUGGAUUAUCAUGAUGUGCGAAGCUUCGGCGAAGCUGCAACCAAAGGAAUCAAAAGGGCACUAAUGGCUGGAGUUCGACGUCCAUUAAUAGCUUUACUUCCGGAUGCUCGGUUCGAAAAUGUGGAGUUGGUAACAUUGUUGGGUGCCCUGGAGGGCCUAUAUGUGCCUCUGGAAGUACGGGAGAUAUCAGCAGAGCGAUGUUACAAGGCAUCCCAGUUAGGUGUAUGGAGUCCAAUCUGCAGUAAGAAGCUGCAGGGGAUCGUAAAGCUCGCAACUGCCUUGGAAAGCGGAAGAUACGUCGCAAGGGACAUCGGUGGUGGUGAUCCGGAAAGAAUGGCAGCGCCAAGGGUUGAAGAGUAUAUUUCUGAACUAUUUGCUGGUACAAAUAUUUCCGUUCAAGUGAUCAGCGAUCAAGAUACACUUUUACAAGAAUAUCCACUCUUUGCUUCUGUGAAUCGUGCUGCAUCUGUGACACCACGACACGCUGGAAGAAUCAUUUUUUUAACUUAUGAACCACCAAAUCCCGCUUGUGUUUUGGAAACUUUACUCCUAGUUGGAAAAGGCGUCACGUAUGAUACCGGUGGCGCUGAUAUCAAAAUCGCCGGCUGCAUGGUUGGAAUGUCAAGAGAUAAAUGCGGAGCAGCCGCAUGUGCAGGAUUUAUGCAAAUCGUAAACUUGUUACAACCACCAACGGUAAAGGUCGUCGCAGCACUGUGUGUCGUAAGAAAUAGCGUUGGGGAAAAUUGCUAUGUCGCUGACGAAGUGAUUACCGCAAAGUCAGGCAUGAGAGUUCGCGUUGGGAAUACUGACGCUGAAGGUCGAAUGGCAAUGGCCGAUGCUCUAUGUCACAUUAAAGAAAUGGCAUUGUGUUCUGUGAACCCCCACAUUUUCACUAUCGCUACACUCACAGGUCAUGCAUGUCUUGCAGCAGGAAUAGGAUACUCCGUCGUCAUGGAUAAUGCAGUUGCAAGACUGGCGAGUAACGCCGAAAAGCUUCAAGCCUCGGGUGAAGCCAUGGGUGAUCCCUUCGAAAUCUCUCGUUUGCGAAGAGAGGAUUUCAAAACCCACCAAGGUCAAGCCGAGGGCGAUGACGUUCUACAAGCAACAAGAAAACCCAGCUCACAGUCACAAAGAGGACAUCAGGGUCCAGGAGCAUUUCUCAUAAUGGCAUCUGGUCUAAAUCAGCAUGGUCGAGAUUCGGAAAAACCUUUGCGCUAUUCUCAUUUGGAUAUAGCAGCUAGUGCAGGUGAUUUUCCUGAAAUAGGAACUGGUGCACCGGUGUUAGCAUUAGCUAAGCGAUUCCUCUUGUCGGAUUUGGAAAAUUCUCUUGUCAAAGAUUUCGACAAUAAUGUUUAAAAACAAAAGAACUUUUGUUAUUCCGAAAAAACAAUUUAUCAUUUUUCAGUGAAUAAAUUGCAUUUAAUUCUUUUUAUCCAUUACAUAUAUUCCUUACAACUAUAAAUUAUUCUUGUAAUUUUUUUUUUGUUCAAAAAAUUAUAAAACUUGAGGUUUACGAGUUUUGGUACUUAAUAUUUGCAUUAUUAUAUGAUAUAAAAUGUUACUUAUAAAAGUUUUAAUAAACUUUACGUUUUGUAUUCACGAA